CUUCCUCGCGCGCCAGAUUCUGCCCAACCCUCAAGACCCUCCUCAACAACACCAAUCUUCAAAAUGGCGGACGAAGUCUAUGACGGUGCCAUUGGCAUCGAUCUCGGCACCACCUACUCCUGCGUUGCUACGUACGAGGGUACCAAUGUCGAGAUCAUCGCCAACGAGCAGGGUAGCUUCACCACGCCCUCGUUCGUCUCCUUCACUGAGGACGAGCGCCUGAUUGGUGAGGCGGCCAAGAACCAGGCCGCCAUGAACCCGGCGAACACCGUCUUCGAUGUCAAGCGUCUGAUCGGUCGCCGCUUCGAUGACCCCACCGUCAAGAAGGACAUGGAGUCGUGGCCCUUCAAGGUCGUGGAUGACGGCAACGGCAACCCCAAGGUCGAGGUCCAGUACCUUGGCACCACCCACACCUUCUCCCCCCAGGAGAUCUCGGCUAUGGUCCUCAGCAAGAUGAAGGAGAUUGCCGAGACCAAGCUCGGUAAGAAGGUUGAGAAGGCCGUCAUCACCGUGCCGGCCUACUUCAACGACAACCAAAGACAGGCCACCAAGGAUGCUGGUGCCAUCGCUGGCCUGAACGUCCUCCGUAUCAUCAACGAGCCUACGGCUGCCGCCAUCGCCUACGGUCUUGGCUCUGGCAAGUCCAGCAAGGAGCGCAACGUGCUCAUCUACGAUCUCGGUGGUGGUACUUUCGAUGUGUCGCUCCUGAACAUCCAGGGCGGUGUCUUCACCGUCAAGGCUACCGCUGGUGACACCCACCUCGGUGGCCAGGACUUUGACACCAACCUUUUGGAUUACUGCAAGAAGGAAUUCACGAGGAAAACUAAGAAAGACCUCUCGGGCGAUUCUCGUGCCCUCCGCCGGCUGAGGACUGCCUGCGAGCGCGCCAAGCGCACUCUGUCGAGCGGUGCUCAGACCACCAUUGAGAUCGACUCUCUGUUCGAUGGCGAGGACUUCAACAUGCAGAUCACUCGUGCCCGUUUCGAGGAUCUGAACGCCAAGGCCUUCGCUGGUACCCUGGAGCCUGUUGCCCAGGUUCUCAAGGACGCCAACAUCGAGAAGAGCGCGGUCGACGAGAUCGUCCUUGUCGGUGGCUCGACCCGUAUUCCCCGCAUCCAGAAGCUCCUCAGCGAGUUCUUCGACGGCAAGAAGCUUGAGAAGAGCAUCAACCCCGAUGAGGCCGUUGCCUACGGUGCCGCCGUCCAGGCCGGUAUCCUCUCUGGCAAGGCCACCUCUGCCGACACCUCGGACCUCCUUCUGCUGGAUGUCGUUCCUCUGUCUCUGGGUGUUGCCAUGGAGGGCAACAUCUUCGCCCCCGUCGUCCCCCGUGGCCAGACCGUCCCCACCAUCAAGAAGAGGACGUUCACCACGGUUGCCGACAACCAGCAGACCGUCCAGUUCCCUGUGUACCAGGGUGAGCGUGUCAACUGCGAGGACAACACCUCUCUGGGUGAAUUCACCCUUGCUCCCAUCCCUCCCAUGAAGGCUGGCGAGCCCGUCCUCGAGGUCGUCUUCGAGGUUGAUGUCAACGGUAUCCUCAAGGUGACGGCUACCGAGAAGACCUCUGGCCGCAGCGCCAACAUCACCAUCACCAACUCUGUUGGCAAGCUCUCGUCGAGCGAGAUCGAGAGCAUGAUCAACGAUGCCGAGAAGUUCAAGUCCAAGGAUGAGGCUUUCAGCAAGCGCUUCGAGGCCAAGCAGCAGCUCGAGUCGUACAUCUCGCGUGUUGAGGAGAUCAUCUCGGACCCGACACUGUCGCUCAAGCUCAAGCGUGGCCAGAAGGACAAGAUUGAGCAGUCGCUGAGCGAGGCCAUGGCCCAGCUCGAGAUUGAGGACUCCACGGCCGAGGACCUGAAGAAGAAGGAGCUUGCUCUCAAGAGGCUGGUCACCAAGGCCAUGUCUUCGCGUUAAACGACCUGAUGACGGAUGGAUGGAUUGGCCUUUUCCAGAUAGAUACAGGGCGCAUCGGACAGGGAUUAUGAAGCCACGGUCUGGAGCUAUUUUGAGCGACCGGCAGGACGGCAGGGCCGCGGUACGAUGGGAGGCGUCUUACAUCUUGAUUCAUGAAACGGGACAUAAAAAGUUAGAUGGAUCUGGCUUUAGGAUGCGUUUCGCUACGGGAUUACCGCUUCGGCCUGGAGGAGGCAUCUAUAAAGAUUGAUGAUUGGGACUUUUCCUCUUGAUUCUCAUGACCGCAUCCCUCUGGCGAAUUGCAUUUAGACUAUCGGGGGGUUUAAAAUCGAAGCAUUUGGACGCCCGC